CGGGGCCCUCGCCGCGUGCGCGUGGAGAGCUUCCCCGUGGGGUCCCGCCAGCUGAACGAGCUGAUGGCGGCGGUACGGCAGGAGGCGGAGGGCUGCGCGGAGCUGCGGGAGCGGCUGUUCCAGGUCAACUUCCACACCACCCUGGCCGGCGACGCCAUGGUCACCCUGCUCUACCACCGCAAGCUGGGCCCCGACUGGCAGGCGGCGGCAGCGCAGCUGCGCGCGCGACUGGCAGCCACCCCCACCGCCGCGGCGGCCGGCAGCGCGCCGCAUGUGAUCGGGCGCAGUCGCAAGCAGAAGGUGGAGCUGGAGGCGGGGUUUGUGCUGGAGCGGCUGACGGUGGCGGGGCGGGAGUACGUGCAGAAGCAGGUGGAGGGCGCCUUCUCGCAGCCCAACGGGGCGGUGUGCCAACACAUGCUGAGCUGGGCGGUGGAGGUGACACGACCGGCGCAGGCGCAGGGGCAGGGGACUGGGGAUGCGGCUGCUGUCGCUGCUGCUGCUGCGCACAAGGUUCAGCAGGAGAUGAAGCAGGAGGAGCAGCAGGAGGAGGUGGGGGAUGGCAACAGCGGG